GUGGGACCUGUAGGAGAAGAACUUUUGAUAUCCAAAGUGGUAGCAGUAUCUGUAGAGCUAAAGGGCAGACUCCCUUAUUUGAAGGCUGCUGAUGUCUGAAAGAGGAUAUAAUAUUAAUACUUUCUUUGUGUUUGAUCCCUUUCGUCUCUGUGAGCCAGAGAAUGCUGGAGGAGAUCUCAAGGAUGGCCAAUAUCACUAUGAAGGGGCAGUGGUAAUACUGGAUGCUGGAGCUCAGUAUGGAAAGGUCAUAGAUCGUCGAGUACGAGAAUUGUUUGUCCAAUCUGAGAUCUUCCCUUUGGAGACUCCAGCUUUUGCAAUCAAGGAGCAAGGAUUCCGGGCUAUCAUCAUAUCUGGAGGACCAAACUCUGUGUAUGCAGAAGAUGCACCUUGGUUUGACCCAGCAAUAUUUACAAUAGGAAAACCAGUUCUUGGAAUCUGCUAUGGCAUGCAGAUGAUGAAUAAGGUAUUUGGAGGUACAGUGCACAAAAAAGAUGUUAGAGAAGAUGGAGUUUUCAGCAUUACUCUGGAUAACACAUGCUCAUUGUUCAGGGGCCUUCAGAAGGAGGAAAUUGUUCUCCUCACUCAUGGAGACAGCGUAGAUAAAGUAGCUGAUGGGUUCAGAAAUGUUGCACAAUCUGGGAACAUUAUAGCAGGUAUAGCAAAUGAAUCUAAAAAACUGUAUGGAGUUCAGUUCCACCCUGAAGUUGGCCUUACAGUGAAUGGAAAAGUGAUACUGAAGAAUUUCCUCUAUGAUAUUGCGGGAUGCACUGGUACCUUCACAGUAGAAAAUAGAGAACUUGCAUGUAUUCAAGAUAUCAAGGAGAAAGUGGGUUCAUCAAAGGUCUUGGUUUUACUGAGUGGAGGUGUGGACUCAACAGUGUGUACUGCUCUCCUGAAUCGAGCUUUAAACCAGGACCAGGUCAUAGCUGUACACAUAGAUAAUGGAUUCAUGCGCAAAAGGGAAAGUCAGUCUGUGGAGGAGGCACUCAAAAAGCUUGGAAUUCAGGUCAAAGUGGUAAAUGCAGCCCAUUCAUUCUACAAUGGUACAACAACUCUGCCAAUCUCUGAUGAAGACAGAACUCCCCGAAAGAGGAUUAGUAAAACUUUAAAUAUGACUACAAGUCCUGAGGAAAAAAGAAAAAUUAUUGGUGACACCUUUGUGAAGAUUGCCAAUGAGGUAAUUGGAGAAAUGAACCUGAAACCUGAAGAGGUCUUUCUUGCUCAGGGAACCCUAAGACCUGAUCUCAUUGAAAGUGCUUCCCUUGUUGCAAGUGGCAAAGCUGAAGUAAUCAAAACUCAUCACAAUGACACAGAGUUGAUCAGAAAACUGAGAGAAGAGGGUAGGGUAAUAGAGCCCCUGAAGGACUUCCACAAGGAUGAAGUAAGAGUGCUAGGGAGAGAACUUGGCCUCCCAGAAGAUCUGGUCUCAAGGCAUCCAUUCCCAGGUCCCGGCCUAGCAAUCAGAGUAAUAUGUGCUGAAGAACCUUAUGUUUGCAAAGACUUCCCUGAAACUAACAAUAUUUUGAAAAUAGUAGCAGAUUUUUCUGCAAGUGUUAAAAAGCCACACACUCUGUUGCAAAGGGUCAAAGCAUGCACGACUGAAGAGGACCAAGAGAAACUGAUGCAGAUCACAAGCCUACAUUCACUGAAUGCCUUCUUGCUGCCAAUCAAAACUGUGGGAGUGCAGGGUGAUUGUCGCUCAUAUAGCUAUGUUUGUGGGAUCUCAAGUAAAGAUACUCCGCACUGGGAGUCACUUAUGUUCCUAGCCAGGCUCAUACCGCGUAUGUGCCACAACAUUAACAGAGUUGUAUAUGUGUUCGGUCCACCAGUCAAAGAACCUCCUAUGGAUGUUACACCCACUUUCCUGACAACCGGAGUCCUCAGCACUUUACGCCAAGCUGAUUUUGAGGCUCAUAAUAUUCUCAGGGAGUCUGGUUAUGCCGGAAAAAUCAGCCAGAUGCCAGUAAUUUUGACACCAUUGCAUUUUGACCGAGACCCCCUACAGAAACAACCUUCCUGUCAGAGAUCGGUGGUUAUUCGAACCUUUAUCACUAGUGACUUCAUGACAGGCAUUGCAGCCACUCCUGGCAAUGAAAUCCCAGAAGAGGUUGUGCUCAAGAUGGUGACAGAGAUUAAGAAGAUUCCUGGCAUUUCUCGGGUGAUGUAUGAUUUGACAUCAAAGCCACCAGGGACUACUGAAUGGGAGUAACUAUUUUUUUUAUUAAAGUACUGUGUGCAGUUUAAAUUAUAUCAGAAACCAUUCCCAGUGUUGACAUGCAGUACUGUGAAAAGAGUGACUGGAGCUGCUACAUAACAUCUGAUUCCUCUCCUGGAGUGUAAAUCUGCAGUUAAGAGCUAUGAUGGGGAUAAUUGUAAGUGGGGCUGAGGAUUUGUACGGGUAAUAAAUAAUCAUGGCAGCAUUGCCUGUGCGCAGACAGAUUCAUAUUGCUUUUGCCUUUUGUCUUACUGAUUCUUCCUGUUUUCAUGUGUUUUAUUGUUACUGUCAUUUCAUGUCUCUGUUUUUGUAUACUGUGUAAAAAGAGACAGUUUAUUUACUUUUACCAAAAUCAUUGUUACAGCCUAAAAAUGUAAAAUGAAUAAUUAAUAUGACCAACUGCUUUUGAACAGAUUUAUUAUAAAUAAAUAUUUUGCCAAAUGGAGUAGUGGGUACUGUUGAGUUGUGGAAUUAAUGUGUAUCUGUUUGCUGUGUACUGUUAAGCCUGUUCUGAUGGAAGUAUUAGCCCGUGACAAUAACAUUGAAUUCUGAAAGAUUGAUGCUAAAAUAAUAUGAAAUGUUCUUUCAUCUUCCUUUUUCUGCUUGCUCCCUCUUACAUCACUUUCUUUUGACAGAUUGAAUUAUGUAUAUGGACAACAAAAACACACAUCUACACUUCUCAUCAAGCUUCAAUAUACAUUUAAUCAUAUAUAAUAAAAUAUAGACAUCAGUAAAAUAUAAAGCAGAAUAUACUCUGGAGACUGAUGCAGUGGUAAAAGUGGGAGUGAAGUUUUGAGCAGCUCAUUGCAGGACCACCAGUUCUAGUUAGAAUGAUCUAGUUCACUUUUGCUGUUUUUUAAACUCUUACACAAUGACCCACUCCCAUCCCACUGCCUGUCCCCACAUUUUUGUUUAUACUUGGUAAGAGUUUACUUUAUAAAGGUUUCCUUUUAUAGGGGAAGUAUUCAUGCGUGUUGUAUGGAGUUUGAUUUUAAGACUGUUAUGCUCUUUGAAUAUUUUAUUGUCAUCAGAGGUGGCAUAGUUAAUCAGAAUACAGAAUACUUCAGUCCUUUGUGUACUACUGUUUACUAUUUGAGUAAGGUGUAACUCACAAAAAGGGAUGUGAUUAUAUUGGACCACCCAUGUUUCUCUAAUAAGUUUAAGCCAAAGGCUAAGUAUUUCCAGCCGCAUAAGUUUGGGGAUCUCAUAUAACUGCAGUCCUUGAAAUGUUAUUCUUGUAACAGUUAAAGGGUUCUGAUAUGAGCAGCGUUAUUAGAUACUUGCACAGUUGGAACCUUAAUUAUGUAUCCAUAUCCAUUCUUUUCUUCAUGUCCAUUUUUGAAACUGUAUUUCAUUCAGCUGUGAAAUUACCUUUUUUAUGGAUUUUGGCUAUAUCUGUUAAAUAUAUUUUAUAAAGUGAGCUAGUUCAGAGCUUUCGCUGAUCACUUAUUUCCAUUACAUAGAUUUUUGAACUGGAAUAAUGAUUGAUAUACAUUUAUUUUAAUAAGUUUGACCACCUUUUGAUUCCACGUUUCCCAUUUUUAGUACUACUACGUAGGCUUAUAGUAUAAAAGUUUAGUUUAAUUUAUCAGUUUUUAGUGUCAUGAUACUUUUAUCCAUGCCACUUGGGAGUUAUGAAUCUUCAUUAUGGGGUGUGAUAUUGUACCGUAGCAUCUUCAAGCUUUCUGAAAAGUUUCAUGAACAUCUCACAGUAUAGCUAGCUUACUGGGAGGAGGCCGAAGGCUCUAGUGGCUAAAGCACAGGAGACUUGUUUCCAAUCCUAAUUCUCCUGCUUUGACACCUUGGGGAAGUCAUGUAAAUUUAACCUCUGUGUGCUUCAGUUUUCUCAUGUCUAAAAUGGAGAUAAUUACUACAGCCAUCCUUCUAGAACUAAAUGAGGUUUUUGGAUGAAAAUUGCUAUUAUAAUGCAGUCUUGCUCUUGGUCUAUGAGCUGUAAAAACUUUCAAUUAGAGUCACUAUAAUGACCAAAAGUUAACAAGUAUUCAUUGGGACAGAAGAAUAUUCCAUCUUUCGGUCCCAUUUUAACUCCUCUUCCAUAGUUCAGUUUUAACAAAACUCCCUGAUAAAAUUAUGGCCUUAAUACUAUAAUUUUUGUUGUAAGUGUACUGAGGAUAGUUAUUUUCAUGAAUAUAUAUAGAGAAAGAUUAUAAGCAAAUUACACAGUCAAAAGUAGAUAAAGAGCAAUUUCAUUUCAAUGAGCUGUAGAGAUACUGCACAUUGUCUAAAUACUUGGUAUGUAGCCUUUAUCACUUACUGUAGGUAAACUUGCUAUUGCUGCUGUCACCAGUUCUGCGAAUGUUCUGAAGUAGAUCUUCAGACCAGAUAGAAGGGAGAAGAGAUGGAGAAUGAAACAAAUUAAAGUUUGUUACCAAAAUUAGAGGGCAUCUCUUUAAAUUUUAGAAUUAGGCCUUUUCUUCUAAGUCCUUUUAGUUGGCAUUCAUGUAAGUAAAUAUGGACUAUAUAUCGUCUCAGAGCUUUGAUGCAGUUCAAAAGGAGAGACAAUACAGAGCCUCCUUAUAGCAUUCAGAGGUUUAAAUAUGACAUAAAGGUAAAUAAAUUGUACCCUAGUGUCUGCAACAUUGAGUUUGAUGUACGUUCAGGAAGAACAUUUUUCAUAUUUGGUGCAUGUCAAACUGUCAUAAGAGUUGCAUCUAAACUAUGGUUAUAGUAUAUACACAUAUACAGUGUGUAUAUGAAGUUUGAUGUGCACAUUGUCAUCGUAUCUGAUCUACAACAUAGUGGAUUGCUUUCAGGUCCCUAUUAAUAAAGUGGAGUUUGACAUGACCCAUAUUUUUAGGAACAUCUUUUUUACUAGAAAAAUUAAUAUUAGCAUAUAUUUAGGGUAUAUAAAAUACUGCAUUAUGAACAGAAUGUCUUAUUUCAGAAAGUUUCCUAGGUCUUAAAAUGUCUCCCAUCUUUUGUGUUCAAUACUCAUACUAAAAAGUUAGGAAGUAUUGGAUUAUUCUGAGUGAGGUUGACAUCAAUUGCCAUCCCAGCAAUUCUUCCUUUAAUGGUUUUAUGGAGUCAACAUAUGUAGUACAGCCAGAUGCAAGGGAGAAUAGCACAUUUUUACAUUUAGAAUAUAAGUAAAUUUAGCACAUAGCUUAUUAAAGCCAGAAGUGUAGCUGCCCUGUACAACUUGUUCACCUCAGGUCUUCGGUGAGACAUGUCAACAUUUAAAAAGGAAUUUGUAUGGGGGGAUAGUUCCCAUCAUUCUCAAUUUUUUUAAACAUUUUUUUGCUUGUGAAAUGAUAUCAAGUACUGUGAGCCUUAAUUUUUAUCCACAAAUAAAAAAUACAGUAUGUUA